AUGGUAUUUUUAAAAGUAGAUUGUUCAAAAUUAUUUAUAUUUUUAUGUUGUAUAAUGAGUAUUACAAUAUUAUCAUUUUCAUUAGUAUUUCCAUAUUAUGAAAGUGAUUUCAUAAUAGUAAAUCAUACAGACAUAAGGAAUAAUACAAUUGUAAUCAAUAAAGAAUUCCAUCAAUUUCAAUUCUUUGGUACCUAUUUCUAUGAUAUUAAUAGAUUUGAAAUGAAAACAUCAUUUAAUCAAGCAUAUCUAAUAACGAAAAGAGUAUCAUACGAUUCAUAUGAUAGUUCAACAAAGAAUUCAGUAUUUCAAAUCAUCACAUCAAUGACUUUAACUAGUUUAAUUGCAAAAGUUUUCCCAAUUCCAAUUCUCAUUGUAAAUAUGUAUAUAAACUUACAAAAACCAAAAAGAAGAUAUCUAAAUCAAAUUCAACAACAUCAUAAUAAUAAUAAUAAUAAUAAUAAUAAUAAUAAUAAUAAUAAUAAUAAUAAUAAUAAUAAUAAUAAUAAUAAUAAUAAUAAUAAUAAUAAUAAUAAUAAUAAUAAUAAUCAAAAUAAUAAUAAUAAUGAUAAUAAUGAUAAUAAUGAUGUAUUAGAUGGAGCAAAUGAAGUUGUUAUAAAUACAAUGCCAACAUAUGAGGUGUUGAUGGAGAGGUAUCAAUCAAGUGCAUCAUAUUAUUUAAUAACACAAUUAGUAGUUAAUGGUGUUAGUUUUAUGAUUACUUUAUUCUCAACAUUUGUAGUUACUCAUAGAAUUAGUAUAACUAUGAAAUUAUUAACAUCAAUUGAUGAACAAAUAUUUAACAAACCAUUAUGUUAUACAAAAAAUUUAGAUCCAUUUGGUUAUUGUAAUUCUUUUAUUGGUUUUUCAAGUACAACAAGUGAUGAAAAUUUUAUGGAUUUCAGUUGGGGUCCAUCAUUUGGGUGGUAUUUAUCAUUGUGUUCAUUAUGUUUAGAUUCAUUUUCAAUUAUUGUGAUUAUCUUUUUAAUAAUAACAGAGGGAAAAUUAAAAAAACCAAAACAACCUCAUAAAUUUACAAAUAUAUUAAAUUUAAGUGAUAUGGAUUUAAUUAAUUAUCGUUUAUUAACAUUAAAUCAACGAAUUGGUACAGAUUAA